UACGAGAGAGAAAGCAAGCAUGUUGGUGCUUCUGAAUUGAAGAUGACCGACAUUAUUCGCAGUUGGCUUGCAGUUGCAACGAACCUGUGGGACCUGUGCGAGUACAUCCAUGUAAAUGCACUGCAGUGAACAGGGCAGCUAUGUCACGAGGAUUGUUGUAAGCCAAUUUCUUGUGCAAUUACCAACCAGUCGUGUCUGAUGAACACCUUUUAAGGUUAAGAAAUAUUAUGCAGUCUCUUGCUACAAGAGUGCCAAAGAUUAUACUGCAGAGAGUUGAGGAAGUAUAUCCUGCUUUGAAGGAAAGCUUGCAGAACAUUCAUGCCAUCAAAGUAGAAAAUGAUGUUCUGAUUGAAGAAAAUUCCACUGAUAUGAAAAGUGACAAGGUUUAUGCACCAGCAGCAUGUUCCAUAAAGGAGGCCGAACUCAAGGAGAACGAUGUUUCCAUCAAAGUAGAAAUUGAUGAUGUGAUCGAAGAAAAUUUCAUUGACUUGGAAACUGAUGGGGUUUAUACUCCAUCAGCAUGUUCCAUAAACAAGGUUGAACCCAAGCAGAACAAUGAUGCCAUCAAAGCAGAAAAUGAUAACGUGAUCGAAGAAAAUUCCAUUGACUUGAAAACUGAUGGGGUUUAUGCACCAUCGGUGUGUUCCAUAAACAAGGUUGAACCCAAGAUCUCUGCUGUCUUAUUGAAAGAUGUACCUGGUCCAUCCAGUGAGACGUGUAAUUGGGCCAUCAGUGUAAAAGUUGAAGAGGAUGAUCCUUUGGCGAUACCAUUUCCUGCAGUAAAGGCUGAACCUGGGAAUAAUCUGAAUGACCAACUCAUGCAUGGUGACGAGUCAUUUGCUCAUCAGACCACACUGAAGGAUCAUCAGAGCGCACACAGUGGGGCACAUUCAUAUUCUUGUAAUGUGUGUAACAAGUCAUUCAACAAUAAGAAAGUCUUGAAAGAUCAUCACCGCAUACAUAGUGAAAAGUGGCCAUUUUCCUGUGAUAUGUGUAAUACAUUAUUCAGAGAGGAAAAUGUUCUCAUGGCACAUCAGUGCAUCCCUAGCUUAGGGCAUGUGUUUUCUUGUGGAGUGUGUAGAAAAUCGUUUAGAUUCAAGAGUGAUGUGAAGAGACAUCAACGCGUACACAGUGAGGAGAGGCCAUUUUCUUGUGUUAUAUGUAAUAAACCAUUCAAAUGGCAGAGGGAUCUGCAGAUACAUCAGCGAGUACAUAGUGGAGAGCAGCCAUUUCCCUGUGAUGUGUGUAAGAAACAAUUCAAAUACCAGAGUGAUUGGAGGAGACAUCAACUCACACACAGUGGUGAGACGCCAUUUUCUUGUCAUAUAUGUAACAAAGCAUUCAAACGCCAGAGGGAUUUGGAGAUUCAUCAAAGUGUACACAGUGGUGAGCAGCCAUUUUCAUGUGAAGUGUGUAAUAAAUCAUUUAGUAGAAAUAGCAAUUUGAAGCUUCAUCAACGCAUACAUACUGGGGAGCGGCCAUUUGCUUGUGAUAUGUGUAAAAGACCGUUUAGAUGUCAGAGUAGUCUCAGGAGACAUCGACGUGUACAUAGUGAAGAGAGGCCAUUUUCUUGUGACAUAUGUAAUAAACCAUUCAAGUGGCAGAGAGAUGUGGAGAGUCAUCGACGCAUACAUAGUGGGGAACAGCCAUUCUGCUGUGAAGUGUGUAACAGGCCAUUCAGACAGAAGGCUCAUCUGAUUACACAUCAACGCUUACAUACUGGGGAGAGGCCAUUCUCUUGUGAUGUAUGUAAUAAAUUAUUCACCAAUAAGUUUGAUUUGAAAACUCAUAAACGCAUCCACACAGGUGAGCGGCCAUUUGAGUGUGAUGUCUGUAAGAAGUCAUUCAAAGCCCGGAGUGAGUGGAAGAGUCAUCUGCGUGUACAUAGCGAGGAGAGACCAUUUUCAUGUAGUGUGUGUAAUAAAUCAUUCAAAUGUCGAGGUAGCUUAAAAAAACAUCAAGAGGUACAUAGAUGGGAGCAUCAGUUUUCUUAUGAUGUGUUCUGAUGUACGAAAGUGCUAAAAUAAAUCAGUAACUGAAUGUCA